UGAUCUCCAUACCAAUUGUCACCACAAUUCGAUCGAUCAGUCGAGACUUCCUUAUGCUCUUACCGACAGCAUCGUCGACUUCGAAAACUGCAAAUUAUAUAAACCAAAACUAGUCUUGGUAUCUUCUUCCCUAAAUCAUGUCAUAACUUCUCGCAGGUGCCCCAGAUCAGUGACCUAACACACGUCUCGUUGCUGUUGCUCUCUCUAUUGCUAGCUUUCUCUACAUAUAUGGGACUUUGUUAAUCAGUGUUGAAGAUAUAUUAUUUCGUGCGAGUCCAUUUGUGGGUUCCACUACCCACUCAAAGAUCCUUUCCUCCAACUCGAUCAUCUUCAACCUCACCUUCACCUUCACCUUCACCACCUUUAUAUACCGUCCAGCCCUCCAUGGAGUUUCAUUGCAGAGCUUGAGUUAACACACCAUAGUUGCCUCCAAAGAAACCUUUAGUACUGAUUAUUUCUUCUGAAGUGACUCUAAAAUGGGAACCGAUUAUGAUCAUGAUCGGUACAGUCCUGAACGAGUUGAAGUUGAGAUUCCGCCGCCGAAGCCGCUUCUAACGGCUGUGAAGUCGUCAAUGAAAGAGACUUUCUUUCCUGACGACCCUUUCCGGGCAUUUAAGAACCAACCUGCAUCUAAAAAAGCAGUCAUGGGUUUGCAGUACUUCUUUACAAUCCUCGACUGGGCUCCUCGCUACAAGUUGAGCUAUCUCAAAUCUGAUAUCAUUGCCGGAAUCACCAUUUCUAGUCUGGCAGUUCCUCAGGGGAUCAGCUACGCGAGCUUGGGAGGCGUGCCGCCAAUCGUUGGGAUAUAUGGGAGCUUUGUACCUCCGCUUGUGUACGCGAUUCUCGGAAGCUCAAGGGAUAUUGCUAUCGGACCAGUGGCUGUUGCGUCGCUUCUGUUAAAUAGUAUCUUGUCGGAGGAAGUUAGCCCUACGCAAGACCCAAAACUCUAUUUCCAGAUGGCUCUCACCGCCUGCUUAUUUUCAGGGAUUCUUCAGGCUGGCCUUGGCUUCUUAAGACUUGGUUUUGUGGUGGACCUUCUUUCUCACGCAACAAUAUUGGGUUUUAUGGGUGGAGCCGCUACUACUGUGAUUCUUCAGCAGCUUAAAGGGUUGUUGGGGAUAAAACACUUCACUCAAAAAGCAGAUGUUAUCUCUGUCCUCACAUCGGUCUUUAAUCACUUCCACGAGUGGGAAUGGGAACCUGCUGCGAUGGGCUUUGGUUUCCUCCUCGUUCUGUUCCUCACUAAAUUCAUUAGCAAGAAAAGACCAUCUUUGUUUUGGGUAAGUGCACUGGCGCCAUUAUUCUGCGUCGUCGUGGGGAGCCUUCUGGUUUUCCUGACCCAUGCCGACGAGCACAACAUCAAAGUGAUUGGGCCUCUUAAGAAGGGCAUGAACCCUGUAACUGUGUCUGACAUAGGAAAGAUUUUUAAGUCUCGUCAUCUUGCCGUCUCCGCUAAAGCUGGGUUGAUCUCCGGUAUCAUUGGUCUUGCUGAAGGAGUAGCUGUUGGAAGAAGUUUUGCCACGGUCAAGAACUAUCACAUUGACGGAAACAAAGAAAUGAUCGCUUUCGGAAUGAUGAACAUUAUAGGCUCUUGCGUUUCUUGCUUCUUGUCAGCAGGACCAUUUUCGAGAACUGCGGUAAACUUCAAUGCCGGAUGCAAAACUCAAGUCUCCAACAUAGUCAUGGCGAUUAUGAUGUUGUUGACACUGCUAUUUUUGACACCAUUGUUCCAGCACACACCACUAGUGGUCCUCUCUUCCAUUAUAGUCAUGGCCAUGUUCGGCCUCAUAGACAUCCCAGCCAUCAUCCACCUCUGGAAGAUAGAUAAGAUCGACUGUAUGAUAUGCAUGGGUGCAUAUUUGGGUGUUAUUUUUGGCAGUGUUGAGAUUGGCCUAUCCAUUGCGGUUGUAGUUUCUUUGCUAAGACUGAUCCUAUUCAUAACAAGACCCAGGACUCUCAACUUAGGAAAAAUUCCAAACACUUCGGUUUAUAGAAGCGUUGAUCAAUACCCAACUGCAAACAACAUUCCAGGAGUUCUCAUUCUUCAAAUUGAUUCCCCCAUAUACUUUGCGAAUUCUAACUAUUUGAGGGAAAGGAUCUCAAGGUGGAUAUUUGAAGAGGAAGAUAGGAUAAAAGCUUCUGGAGAAACAAGCUUACAAUACCUUAUACUAGACAUUAGCACUGUUGGUGGAAUAGAUACGAGCGGGAUCAGCAUGCUAGAAGAGGUCAAGAGAAAUUUAGAUAGAAGGAAUCUCAAGCUUGUAUUAGCAAACCCGAGAAGCGAAGUGAUUAAGAAACUGGAUAACGCGAAGUUCAUUGAAACAGUUGGUUUAGAAUGGAUGUUUGUUACAGUGGAAGAUGCUGUAGAAGCAUGUAAGUUCCAACUGCAAAGCACCAAACACAAUCCAGGAGAAGAAAACGCAAAGACACCAGAGGACAAUGUCUAAUCCACAGGGAGCAAUGAAGUAGGAUGAAAGUUUUGAUUUUAUCUGACUUUGAUCUACAAGGAUUAAGUAUUGAGCUUUGAUAUUUCAAUUCACAAAACAGGGGCAGAAAAAUGUAGAUGAUGCUCGGUACUGCCUGAGGGGACUUGGAUGUAAUCUCAAUAUCAAUAAAGAAAUGAACUAUAUAUUUUACAC